ACGCCUCGCACCGCACGCCAGUCAUUCGCAUCGCGAGCGUUGCCGGUGACGCACGCAACGUCUUUUAAAAGUCCACGCUCUUCCUGUCUCCCGUGAGACGGCGUGCGUUGUCACCAUCCGCGCAUAACAUCGCCGGUGUAAAAAUAAAGCCGGCGACAGACGGCGGUGUCUCGAGUUAAAUUUAAAUGAUAUCGCGGACGUCGUGCCGGUCUCGUCUCGUACGCUCUCCGACAUGAGACUAAGUCGGGGCAUAGUGUGCGAGUGCGCAGGUGUGAGCGCGUGCCCCGACGGCGCUCUCAAUGGCACUUGCACCACUCAGCCCGGCGGGUACUGCUUCGUCACAGUCGAGGAGUUAUACGAUGAAAAUGGCAUUAUGGUACCAGAACGCACCGCCGGCUGCCUGCCGCCGGACGAGUCUGGAUUUAUGCAGUGCAAAAGCUCACAAGUGCCCCAUCAGACCCCUAAGGUAAUAGAAUGCUGCGAAAAAGACCUGUGCAAUCGGCGUCUUCGGCCACAGUUACCAGAACCCCCGCCCGACAUGACGGAUGCUCCAGGUCUACGACCAGCCGCACCCACGAGUCAGACUAUUUUAAUGGCGGCCGCGCUUUGCGUCGCGUUGCUCGCCUUCCUCGCAGCAUUUUGGCUGCUCUUUAGGAAACGUCGCAGGGGGUGCAAGCGACCUCCAUCACCGCCGGCUCCGACACAUCACGCGGAAAUUUCUUCGGGCUCCGGGUCCGGGUUACCUUUGCUCGUGCAGAGGACGGUCGCGAAACAGAUUCAAAUGGUAGAGUCGAUAGGGAAAGGCCGCUACGGUGAGGUCUGGCUGGCGCGCUGGCGCGGUGAGAAAGUCGCCGUCAAGGUGUUUUUCACCACGGAGGAGGCUUCCUGGUUCCGAGAGACUGAAAUUUAUCAGACUGUUCUAAUGCGACACGAAAACAUUCUCGGGUUCAUCGCGGCAGACAUCAAGGGGACCGGCUCGUGGACUCAGAUGCUGCUGAUCACCGACUAUCACGAGAACGGAUCUCUGCACGACUACCUUCAGACGGUGGUGCUCGACACGAACUCGUUGAUGACGAUGGCCUACUCCAUAGUCAGCGGCCUGGCCCACCUGCACAUGGACAUAUUCGGCACGAAAGGGAAACCCGCGAUAGCGCACCGGGACAUCAAGAGCAAAAACAUUCUCGUGAAGAGGAACGGGCAGUGCGCCAUCGCCGACUUCGGGCUCGCCGUGCGGUACGUGGCCGAGCGGAACGAGGUCGACAUCGCGCCCAACACGCGCGUCGGCACGCGCCGCUACAUGGCGCCCGAGGUGCUCGACGAGAAGCUCGACGUCACCAACUUCGAGGCCUUCAAGAUGGCCGACAUGUACUCGCUCGGCCUCGUGCUGUGGGAGAUGUGCCGCCGGUGCGCCACGGGCGACAAGGCGCAGCACGCGGAGCCCUACGCGCUGCCCUACCACGAGCACGUGCCGCCCGACCCGUCGUUCGAGGACAUGCACGGCGUGGUGGUGGCGCGGCGGGUGAGGCCCGCGCGGCCGGCGCGCUGGCGGGUCGAACCCGCGCUGGCCGCCGCCUCCGCGCUCAUGGCGGAGUGCUGGCACCACAACCCGCCCGUGCGGCUCACGGCGCUGCGCGUCAAGAAGACGCUGGCGCGCGCGCGCGCCGAGGGCGCCGUCAAGCUCGUGUAGGGCCCGCGGCGCCGCCCGCUGCGCCGCCCGCCUGCGCGACCUCGCAGUUGCUGCUUUUGUAAUAUUGUUAACUUACGUAUUAUUUAGGGUAAGGAUGGUUUUGUAAAAAAAUUAUUGUCUUCCGUUUCGACGAGCGACUCGCUCGAUGGCAGCUCGGGGCGGUGGUCGUGUUCGUGAAAUGCUCGGUUUCGGCGAUCCGGUCGAGACGAAGUACGCGACGUGAAUUGUGAUAUUUCGACAAUAAGGGAAAUGAUUUUAUUUCAAAUUAUCUCGUGUGAACCGUUCGGAUUCGAAAAAGUCAAGAAAAUGUCUGAAAGUAACAUCGCGUAUUAGUUCGUUUGUACUUAAGGUGAUCAAAAGACUAGGAUCGUGGAAAGUAUUAGCGAUAGACGGUCAAGUGCAGUGUCUUAUAAGAUGCCUUCGAUUAGUAUUAACAUGACGUUUUGUAUCGCGACGCUCUCGGUUUGGAACUCGAUUUCACUCGCAAGAAACAAACGUACUGUGAUAUAAUCACUGUAUAAUAUGUCACUGAGUCGUGAGGUCUUUCAAAAUAGAAUAUCAAAUUUAUGAUUAAAUACAAUGUGCAAUGCAAAUGAAAUAUAAUAAAAAUCUCAAAUCUCAUCGUGUAUUUGUAAUACUUUGUAAAUAAGAAUUAAAGUCACAGAUAAAAAAUAUCCGAAAUCAAAUUCCAAACCAAGUGAUCGCCUGCAUUUAGUGUGCGUGCGCGCCUGUACAGUGUUGUGUAUAUAUAGCGAUAGACUAGUACCUAAUACAUGUUGCUAAUUAAGUUACAAAUAAAAUAUUAAUGGACAAACAA